CUUCAUGUUCAGCGUCGCUCAACACCAGCAGGCUGCCGCCGCCGCCUUCGCCGCGCAGGCCCACAACCGACCUCCCCCGGGCCCCUGGACGACCUCCUCCUCUGCCGCCGCCGCAGGAUGGCACGCCCCCGUACCCUUCAACGGCCCCCCGCCGAUGCCUUCCGGCGUGAGCAUCUCCCAGCAGGCCUGGAUGGCCGGGCAUUGGGUGCAGAACCCCAAAUUCCCCCCUCAGCCGAUGGCGAGCGCCUCCCAGUUCGCAGCCGCCGCUGCCCAGCAGAACAUGAUGGCCGCCGCCGCUCAGCAGCAGCAGAUGGCGUGGGCCCCCUGGCAGUGGCCCGGCAUGCCGCAAGCCCAGCAGCAGAGCUUCAACCCGUACAAGCGCGUGCCGAAGCAGCCCGACCCGUCCUAUUGGGCGACGGAGCUGAAAGAGAACGGACUCGGAUUGACGGGGAUGGACAUCAAGAACGAAUCCAAGGACGAUCAGUUCAAGAACGCACCCCCGACGCCGUGGCUGUGGGCGCCCAGGGACCUCGCGCUCGACGCCGGCCCGUCCUCGUCCGCCGAUCGCCCCCAACAAUCCCAAUCGCAACGUACCAGGGGGCCCGAUCCGACCGCGGGCGGCGCCACCCGCCCCUCGCCCGACCGCAAUUCCGGCUCGUCUGGCUACUCUUCCCUACACGAAGACAUCCGCAAGCGCGCGGCCGAGUAUCCGCGCACGAGCAACAAGGGUGAACCGCUCUCCCGCCACGGCUCGAACGAUUCCGGCUAUCACUCCGCAUCUGCAUCCGCCUCUGCCUCGAGACACAACUCGUCCUCCAGCCUCGGCGCUCCGUUGAAGCAUGCCUCGCAGGACUCCGGCUACUUCUCCUCUGCCUCCGCCUCCGCCUCCGCCGGCCCAUCGUCCGCAUCAUCGUCCCGCCGCCCAUCGCAGAACGACCCGCCCGACCGCGAGCGUCACCGCCGCACGUCCUCGCGCCUGCAGCACAGCAGCAGCGCUGCCCCCGCCGCCAUCUACCGCGAUCCGCCGCCUGCGAGCCGGCCCCCACCUGCUCCGGAACCCGAGCCCGAGCCCGAGCCCUUUACGUCCAAGCAAGAGCUCCAGCCGACGUUCUCCCCCAAGGUCGUCCGCACGCCGAAUCACUAUCUGUCCGGGACUACGCCUAGGCCGGACGAGCGCCGGCGCGCGGAGACCGCGCCCGCGCCGAUCUACUCUUCGCCGCCCCAUCAGAGCCAUCAGAGCCAGACCCCGUCCCGACGCGCGAGCCACGAGCAUAGCAGCCGCACGCCCAGCCGCACGCGCACGAUGCCCGAGGCGGAGAUGGUCAUCCCGCCCCGCCCGGCCGACUGGGAAGAGCGCCAUUUGGCGCCCGCCGCUGCCGCCGCUGCUUCCCGAUCACAUUCCGCCUCCGCGUCUCGGUCGCACUCGCGCUCGCAAUCGGCAAGCACUUCACCCGCGCGUACGCCGACGUCUGCGACGUCGACGACGUUCAGCACGCUCAGCCAGCUCACCGAAGAGCCGAGCGGUUUCGACAAUUUCGCGAGUCUGCUCAGCCCGUUGCUCGUGGACCACUCUGUUGACAGGGACAGGGACAGGGAUCGCGAUCGGGAGAGGGAGAGGGCCCGCGAGCGGAAGAGGGAUCGCACGCGGGAGCGGCGCGAGGUGUCGCCUACCCCUGUGUCUGCGCACAGAUCGCAGGCGAGCAUCUCGUCGUCCGCGCAAGCGCAAGGCCACCAGCACCAUGCGCGCUCGCUCGGACGGAGCCAGACGUACCCUGUCGUCGCGCCCACCGGGACAUACCCAGAGAUGCCGCCCCUUCAGUCGGCGUCCUCGCUCACCCAACAACAAGCCCAAGCCUAUACAUCCUCGUCCCAUCGCCACCACCAACACCAGCACGCGGUUGCCCCAAUUUCGUCAUCGUCCGCAGCCGCAGCACGCUCCGCGUCGACGCCCUACCCCCGAUCGUCGCCGCACAACCCGCUCCCCGACCCGCCCAAGCCGUCCGACAUCGUGCACGGCUCAAGGCCGACCGUCUCCGCGUCCUCGCAAGCGUACACCUACCCCAGCGCCAUCAGUGCCUCCAACUCGACUUCCUCCUCCUCCUCUUCCUCGUCCACCGUCACCGUCACCCGAUCCACCCCGACCCGCCGCGCCACCACCCAAAGGGACCCGCGCGGCCGGCGACGCGGCUUCUGGAACCGCCGCGGCGACCACCUCACGGCGGACAUGUGCAUCGUCUACGCCCCGCCCGAUCGUAAGUACCCGCCCGAGCUGGCCGACUACCCGCACGAGCGCGAUGGCUUCGAGGACGAGUACGGGAUGUUCAUUCAAUGGGAUCAGAAUCGGCCCGAGUUGCCGGACAGCCUCCCGCGCAUGGGCCGUCUGCCGCUGCGGCCGUACGAAUCGUUCGUGACAUAUUGCCCGUGAAGCGAUUGGAAGAGAGAGACGAUGAUGAUACCCCAUGAUGCCGAUAUCCGCAACGCACUCUUAUAUAUUUUUUGGGUGUUGGAUCGGCGGAGAUUUGUUCGUUGGCUCAUAUUCUACCACGUGGUUCUUGAUUUGUGGUUCCUCGAGUUUUCUGAUUGUGUUAUUGACUCACAGUUGUGUAGCUACCGGUAUUGUCGAUUGAAU